AUGUCACGCCAGGUUCUGAGACUGUUGCCUCAAUUGAGGACCAGUCUGUGCAGAGGAAACUUGGCCAGCAGUUCUUGCGCACUCCCUCACUCGUUUCUUAGCAGAGGAUUUGCUGAUGAAGCCUCACUCUCCAAGACUCCUCUGUACGACUUCCAUGUGGAGUAUGGAGGUGGGAAAAUGGUCCCCUUCGCUGGCUGGUCCAUGCCAAUCCAAUACAAGGAUUCCAUCAUGGAUGCCACAAAGCAUUGCAGAGAGAAUGGUUCCAUUUUCGAUGUGUCCCACAUGUGCGGCCUGACUCUCAAGGGGAAAGAUGCUGUUGCAUUCUUGGAGAAGCUGGUGGUUGGCGAUGUGGCGGGCAUCAAGAAUGGAUCAGGCAGCUUGAGCGUCUUCACGAACGAGCAGGGUGGCAUCAUCGAUGACACUGUCAUCACCAAGGUGGCAGACGACGAGAUCUACCUCGUCGUGAACGCAGGAUGCCGCGAAAAGGACUUGGCCCAUAUCGGCAAACACUUGGACAAGUACAAGAGCGAAGGUGGUGCCGUGGAGAUGACAGUGCACGACGACCGCUCGCUGCUCGCGCUGCAAGGCCCGGCAGCGGUGGAGACGCUGCAGCCGCUGGUCGACGUGGACCUGUCCAAGGUGUACUUCAGCGACUUCCACAAGCUCAACAUCGCCGGCAUCCCCUGCUACCUCACCCGCACUGGGUACACUGGGGAGGACGGCUUUGAGAUCUCGGCGCCGGACGAGAAGGCGCUGGAGCUGACCAAGAAGCUGCUGGAGAACCCGCGCAUCCGCAUGUGCGGCCUCGGCGCGCGCGACUCACUCCGCCUCGAAGCCGGCCUCUGCCUCUACGGGAAUGACCUGGAUGAGGGGAAGACUCCAGUGGAGGCUGGUCUCACGUGGACCAUCGGCAAGCGCAGACGCGAGGCAUGCGACUUCCUGGGCGGAGAGGUCAUCAAGAAGCAGCUGGCGGAGGGUGUGUCCCAGAGGCGGGUGGGCCUGGUCUCCACCGGCGCCCCUGCCAGGCAGCACAGCAAGAUUUUCACCAUGGAGGGCAAGGAGGUUGGCGAGGUGACGAGCGGAGCCUUCAGCCCGUGCCUGAAGAAGAACAUUGCCAUGGGCUACGUGGAGAAGGCAUACGCCAAGUCAGGCACGGAGCUGCAGGUGGAAGUGCGCGGCAAAAUCAACCCCGCCGUCGUCACCAAGAUGCCCUUCGUUCCCAACACCUACUUCAAGGCGCCCACUGCCGCCUCCUAGGCAGCACGAGCUCCUGGGUUUCUAUUGCGGACAGUACGCGUCUGUACACAGAUCUAGGACACCAGGAUUAUGGCCUGCAAAUUUAAGUGGCAGGCACGAACUCUCAAUUUCGUUGAGUAUGCUUGAGCGAGGGAGCGAGCAGAGAGUUCUGUGUUUUGAAGGGUACUGAUGCUAGCCAGAGGAUGAUGAUGUAGCGGAGGACAAUGCAACCUUUUGUGUCAGAAUUACUUGGUUCAGGAGUAUUUUGAGCAUUAUUGAUACUGAGUAGCAACAGACACAACUGACCAGUGGUGUAGGAUUUCUGCAGGUAAAUAUGCAUCAACUUUGCAGAUCAUUUGAGCUUGGUGCUGGAAUUGCGCCAGCCUGGCCUGCCCAUUGGGCAUAUCCAAGCUGGUCCAACACCCGGGAUGGUUGUAUACAGCUGUUAUGUGCAAUUGCGAGCCAUGCCU